AUGCCUCUUCCUUCAGAUACUGCUGCGGCAUCGAGAUUGGAGAAUACAAUGACCCAUAUUUCAUCGCAAUGCUAUGUUCACAGUGCUCACGGUUAUCUCUUAACUCCAUUAUCUUUUGCCAUGACUCAAUAUCUCCACAAAUUAGUAUACGAUCAUGAUUAUAGAGUGAAACAUAUCAGCACUUCGUUUGAUUUCGAUCUUGAGACACUUGUCAAGAUUGUAGACACGGACCCGGAGAUUGCCCGAAUAGGAAACUCAUUCAAAUCCUUACUAUCCAACGUGACCUAUACGCGAUGCUUCAAAUUGUUAGAAGUUGACAGGGAGAUUGAUGAGAUAAUUAAAGACAAUUCUUUAGGGUACAGCAUGAUCGUCAUAGAGGAUCUCUGUGACCUUUUCAAUCUAGAGUUCUUCAAAAACUACUCUUACGUUGUCAUUGACGGUAAGGGUCAUCUUCUAGGUAGAUUGGCAUCUAUUGUAGCCAAGGAGUUGUUGAAUGGCCAAAAGGUUGUUGUGGUUAGAUGCGAAGAGUUGAACAUCUCAGGAGAACUCUUUAGAAACCGUUUGAAGUAUCACGCUUACUUGAGAAAGAACACUCAGUACAAUCAUCUAAGAGGUCCAUUCCAUUUCAGAGCUCCAUCAAGGAUUUUUUAUAAGGCUAUUAAAGGCAUGAUUCCAUACAAGACCGCCAGAGGUGAGGCCGCCUUGGAGAGACUCAAGGUCUUUGAAGGUAUUCCACCACCAUACGACAAGAAGAAGAGAGUUGUUGUUCCACAAGCUUUGAGGAUUUUCAGAUUGAAGGAGGGAAGAAAGUUCACUACUGUUGGCAAGUUGUCUGCUUCGGUUGGCUGGAAAUACGAGUCUGUCGUUGAGAAGUUGGAGGCCAAGCGUAAGGCUAAGUCUCAGGAGUAUUAUGUUGCCAAGAAGGCUGCUUCUAAGAAGUUGGCUUCUGCUAAGGCUUCUGUUGUUGAGACCGAAGCUGCUAAGAAGUUGGCUACGUUGGGUUAUUAA